CUCGAAUCUUCCAUUCCUUUCUUAAAUAACAUCUCGAAGAAUCUUUCAGCCGCAAUUUUUUCAUCCUGUAGAUUUCCGGUCAUGGAGACUCGAUCACAAUUUCUAAUCGGAUUUCUGUUCUUCGCUUUGAUAAGUUCUUCUUCAAAUGCCCUAAUUUCAACCCAGUCAGCAACUCCCAAAGCAAUUUCUGAUUUGAAAGAAGCAAUUGUUAAAGGAUUAGGGUUUCAAAGUGAUGAAUUUAAGAUAUCUGGUUUUGAUCUGAAGGAUGCGUUGGUUGGGCAUUCUGUAGCUUAUGAAUUUGAUAUAGAGAUUGAUAAUAAGGUUUUACCGUUUAAGCUUUUGGAAGAUGUGAAAAGUUGGGAAUAUGUUGAUUUGCCGAUUUUCAGAACUGAGGAUUCUAAAGAGGAGGAAUUGAAUGGGUUAGUGAGAUCAGAUGAUUCUGGUUUGCCGGUUUUAGCACCUUUUCAAUUGGCUGGACCUAUGGAGCUUUGGAUUCAAGAUGCUAAAGAUAUGAGACUUUCUUUGCCUCAUGAUGUUGAUGCCGGUGUGUUGAAAAAAGUGAUAUUAGCAGAUGGAGCAGUGGUGACCGUUACGGGAGCAAGAUCCGUUAGCCUACGGCAACCUCUUGAUUUACCUUUACCCUUGAACAGAACCAAUGCUAACUUUGCUUCAGGCCUUUUAACCCUAGCUGAUCGUCUUCGCCAAGCUUCUAGAAACCAAAAUUCUCCACUUCUUUCUCUACGAGUUGUUGGUCCUACUUCUCUCACUUCACCAUCGUCUUCCUCGUCAUCUUCUUCUUCUGAUAACAGGCUCAAACUAAAGCGCUUAGCCCCUGGACUUGUUGAGUUGUCCUCACCUUCAAAAACAAAAGAGAUCAACGCACUCUCGACUAUCUAUGAUAAAGAUGGUGUGACUUUGUUGGGUCCUAAUAGGUUUACAACAAUGUGGCCAUUAGCUUCACUAGAUGGAUCAAAUUCAAAUUUACGUGGAUUAGAAACAUUACUGACUUCUGUUUUGGGUGAGAAAGCAAACAAGAAAGGGUCUUUCAAGUUAUUGAAAGCCGAUGUUUCAGCACAGACGUAUGUAAAGAUGGAAUUUGGAAUUGAAAAGGAGUUGAAAGGAGGAGAUGGAUUUAACUGGGAAGGGUUUCCAGAAUGGAGAACUAGACCAGAAUCAGCGAAGAUGCAUUUUGAGGUAUUGGCUAAAGUUGAAGGAGAGAAAAUGGUGGCUGAAAAGCUGGUGCAGGUAAAUCCGUUGCCAGCAGAAGAAAGUGUAGCUCCUAAUGUGAUCAUGGGAAACACUACCAUGUCUAGGACUUCAACUGUUUUGGCGCCUCAUGAUCCUUUUACCUUAUGAGGUGCUGGUUGUUUUUGAGAGAUUUACUAGAAACUUGUAAAUAUGAUAAAUGUGAAACAUGGAGCAAUUUUUUUCUUCUUAAAAUGUUUUGUUCUUUUUUUCUUUUUUGUGGAGACUGAAUGUAAUCCAGUGAUUGUAGAGUAAAAGAUAUGAGAAAUAACAUGAUUGCUGUUUAAUGGUA